CUUCCGCUUCUGCCGGAAGUGACGCACGGAGGCGGCUCGCUCCCUGAGCUUGGAGGGCGAGGUGACCCUGGUGUGGAGGGCCGCCGCCACCAUGGGCCGCGAGUUUGGGAACCUGACGCGGGUGCGGCAUGUGAUCAGCUACAGCUUGUCGCCCUUCGAGCAGCGCGCCUUCCCGCACUUCUUCAGCAAGGGCAUCCCCAACCUGCUGCGCCGCACCCGGGAGUCCGUGCUUCGCGUGGUGCCGCCAUUUGUCGUGUUUUACCUUAUCUACACCUGGGGGAACGAGGAGUUUGAGAAAUCCAAGAGGAAGAAUCCCGCUGCCUACGAACAUGACAAGUGAGCCAGCGGUCCGGAGGGCGCUUUCCCUCGGGAGAGGAGCCCGCGCUGUCGCGGCUGAAGACGCCAUAAACGCCUCUGGGCUGCCCUGUUGUCCUUUUACGUGUGUGUGGCGGACUCUGGUGUGGCCGCUGCUGAACGCUAUUCCAGUUACUGUUACCCCCGGCGCGCCCCUCCUCGGCAGGAAGCCUGAGCGGUCUCACCUGCUGGGGCUUUGGUGAAAGAACAGGGCCCACAGCUUGUUCUGUCAGCAACGAGAAUGUCUGUGCGGCUUCCGGAUUUGGGCUGUGACUUCCUGCUCCCAGAGGAACAAUAAACUCCAGCCAGCGAGCACAGGA